GCGAGAGACGCAGACGCAUUCGAGAGUGGUGGCAGAAUGAGGGUGUUUGUGCUCGCAGCUUUCUGGGCCGUGGUGGCCGCCACGGCAAUCAAAGACGACUUGGCUGAUGUCGUCCUCAAGAGAGACAACCUGGUGAAUCUCGACGUGAAGACGAAGGAGUUAUUUGUGAUGAAGCUGCUGAACCACAUUUUGCAACCCACCAUGUACGAGGACAUCCGCGAUAUCGCCCGGGAGUAUGUGAUCGAAGAUAAUGCCGACAAAUAUCUGAAAGUCGAAGUAGUAAAAAAUUUCGUAGAUAUCUACAAGAUGGGUAUGCUGCCCCGAGGUGAAGUGUUCGUCCACACCAAUGAGAAACAAUUGGAAGAGGCAGUUGCGACUUUCCAUCUACUUUACUUCGCAAAGGACUUUGAUGUGUUCCUGCGCACCGCCUGCUGGCUGCGCGAGCGCAUCAACGGUGGAAUGUUCGUGUAUGCGCUCACUGUCGCCACGUUCCACCGCCCCGACUGCCAUGGCAUCGUUCUCCCGGCUCCCUACGAAAUCUACCCAUACUUCUUCGUAGACAGCAAUGUCAUCAACAAGGCCUUCCAGAUGAAAAUGACCAAAGCUUCUUUAGACCCCGUUGUCAGAGACUACUUCGGUAUCAAGGUCAAGGACAAUAACGUCGUUGUCAUCGAUUGGCGCAAAGGUGUCCGCCACACUCUCAGCGAGUUUGACAGAAUCUCCUAUUUCACAGAGGAUAUCGACCUGAACACAUACUUCUAUUAUUUGCAUAUGAAUUACCCGUACUGGAUGACCGAUGAUGUAUACAAUGUUAACAAGGAACGUCGCGGUGAGAUCUUCAUGUAUACUCACAUGCAACUGUUGGCAAGGCUGAGAUUGGAACUUUUAUCUAAGAACAUGUGCGACAUCAAGCCGCUUGUAUGGAACGAACCUCUGGCGACCGGUUAUUGGCCGAAAAUAAGAAUGCACAAUGGCGAAGAGAUGCCGAUGCGACGUAACAAUGUAGCCGUAGUUACUGAAAACAAUGUUAAGGACAAAAUUCUCAUAGAUGACAUCGAAAGCGUUAUUCGUGAGGCAAUUCUCAAGGGACGUGUUCAUUUGCGCGAUGGCACUGUUGUGACGAUCAAUAAAGAACAGGAUAUUGAAGUCCUUGCCAGGAUGUUGCUUGGCGGAUAUGGUCUCAAGCCGGACAGUGCUAAAGUCAUCCAUAUCGGUAAUUUACUCAAGAAGAUGCUCUCCUAUGGCCAAUACAAUGUCGACAAGUACACUUCCAUCCCCACCGCAUUAGAUAUGUACACCACUUGUCUUCGUGAUCCUGUCUUCUGGAGGUUGAUAAAACGCGUCUCUGAAACGUUUGUGCUGUUCAAGAAUUUACUUCCUGCGUACACAGUCGAAGAGCUCAACUUCCCUGGAGUAAAGGUUGACCAAGUGACAACUGAUAAGCUUGUGACUUUCAUGGAUGACUACGACGUGGACAUCACUAAUGCGGUAUACCUAGACCAGGCCGAGGUUCAGAAGAAACGCUCUGACUUGGUCUACGUCGCGCGCAUGCGUCGUCUCAACCACCAUCCAUUCAAGGUCACGAUCAAUGUUGUAUCUGACAAAGCCACCGACGCCAUCGUGCGUGUCUUCAUCGGUCCCAAAUACGACUGCAUGGGCCGCCUCAUUCAGCUCAAUGACAGACGUCGCGACAUGGUAGAAAUUGACAGCUUCCUCUAUAAACUGGACACCGGCAAGAACACCAUUGUGCGCAGCUCCAUUGAGAUGAACGGUGUCAUCCAGCAAAGACCAUGGACUCGCCGUGCUUGGAACCGCGCCGGCGCCGCCGCAAUGGAAAAUGUGGACACAGUAGAUAGUAUGGACGUCAAGAUGGUCGACAGCUGGUGGUGGAAGACUCGCAUGGGCUUCCCUCACAGACUGCUGCUCCCUAUGGGCACUCGCGGUGGUCUGGAAAUGCAGAUGUUCGUCAUCGUCAGCCCGGUACGCUCCGGUCGGAUUGCACAAAACUUGGACAUCAACAUAAUGAAGGAGCGCCACGCUUGCCGGUGGACCACGUGUGUGGACACCAUGCCUCUGGGGUAUCCGUUUGACAGGCAUAUUGAACCUACGAGGUUCUACACCAACAACAUGAAAUUCAGCGAUAUCUUAAUCUUCAGAAAAGACAUGAAUACGUCAAAUGUAGUAAAGGACGUGGACAUGUCCGAUAUGGUGAUGAAGCGGGACGACCUGACAUACCUCGACACCGAUAUGAUGGUGAGAAGAUCCUAUAGAAACGUGAUGCUGACGAGCGUAGAUAAUAUGACACACAUGUGAAACAAAUAGAAGUUAUAUUUAUUAUUAGAAAUAAAGAGCAAUAUAUAUGUAAAUGCA